GGGGGGCGCACCACGACGACGCAGCAAAAACAGAAAGGGACGGCACUUAGGCGAGGAGGAGGAGGAGCCAUGGCGGCAUCGGCGAAGGGGCGGCUCGUGCCGGUGCUCGCGGUGGUGGCGGCGCUCGCGGCCGCGCUCCUCUACCGCGCGCCCUUCUCCAAGAGUUUGGGCGGCGAAGGGUGCAGUCUCCUCCCGCACGACCACUUCUGGAUCGCCAGCGAACGCGUCGUCACGCUCGGCCGCGUCGGGCCCGCCGCAGUGGAGGUCAAAGGGGGACUGAUCAACGCGAUCGCCGUCGGGGACUACAGGAGCUUCGUGCUCCGGCGGCCGCUCCUCGACUACGGUGACGCGGUCAUCAUGCCCGGACUCAUCGACGUGCAUGCCCAUCUCGAUGAGCCUGGACGUGAAGAGUGGGAGGGCUUCUCCACUGGUACAAAGGCAGCUGCUGCAGGCGGGAUAACAACGCUAGUGGACAUGCCACUCAACAACUUUCCAUCAACAGUUUCUGAAGAAACUCUCAAGCUGAAGCUCGAAGCAGCUCGGGAUAAGCUAUAUGUUGAUGUAGGGUUCUGGGGAGGUCUCGUGCCAGAGAACGCCUUCAACCCAAGUGCUCUAGAGAGCCUCCUAAAUGCAGGAGUUUUAGGACUGAAGUCUUUUAUGUGUCCCUCGGGCAUCAACGACUUUCCCAUGACAAAUUCAACUCAUAUCGAGGAAGGAUUGGUCACACUGGCAAAAUACCAGAGACCUUUGCUUGUCCAUGCUGAACGUAUACCUGAUGUCGAGGAUGAAGAUGGACUCGAUGGUGAACUAGAUCCCCGAUCCUAUGCGACAUAUCUGAAGUCUAGACCACCAGCAUGGGAGGAAUCAGCUAUUAGAGAUUUGCAACGUGCGAUGAAGGAUACAGAGGCAGGAGGUCGGUCAGAAGGAGCCCAUAUUCACAUCGUUCAUCUGUCAGAUGCAAAAACUUCCCUUGAACUUAUGAAGGAUGCUAAACGCACUGGUGCAAGUGUGACUGUAGAAACAUGUCCUCAUUACCUGGCAUUUUCAGCUGACGAAGUUCCAGAUGGGGAUACUCGCUUCAAAUGUGCUCCUCCUAUACGUGAUGGCAUGAACAGAGAAAAUCUUUGGAAAGCUCUGCUUGACGGGCACAUAGACAUGUUAAGCUCAGACCACUCACCGUCAGCUCCUGAUCUCAAACUAAUGGAAGAAGGCAACUUUUUAAAGGCAUGGGGAGGUAUAUCAUCAUUGCAGUUUGUUCUUCCUGUGACAUGGUCGUACGGGAAGAAGUAUGGCAUUACUCUGAAUCAACUAGCCGCAUGGUGGAGUGAAAAUCCAGCUAAGCUUGCAGGGCAAAAGAACAAGGGAGCUAUUCUGCCGGGAUACCAUGCUGACAUUGUAGUAUGGAAACCUGAGGCACAGUUCGAACUUGAUGACAGCCAUUCUGUAUAUCAUAAACAUCGGAAUAUUUCAGCAUAUUUAGGUAAAGAGCUUUCUGGUAAGGUCCUGUCUACUUUUGUGAGAGGAAAUCUUGUAUUUGCUGAAGACAAGCAUGCAAAGGCUGCCUGUGGUGUCCAAAUCCUCGCCAAAGUGGAUGCAAAGCUGCUCCAACGCAAUGGAAACGCCAAAUCUCCGGGACUGUCUCCAUGGGAUAAGGGGGAGCCUGGUCUGGCGCGCAGCUUCAAGCGUGGAGCUCUCCCGCUUCCACGGACCACGGCCACCCGCGGCCAUGGCAGCCACCGCCAAGCUUACGCUUCUCCUCCCAACCACCCUCACCUCUACGGUUUAUUUCCCCAGCCGCCUCGUACUGAAGUCGUGUCCUCCGCUGCAGCGCCUCGUAGUUGCCGCCGCCGCCUCCUCGUCCGCCCAAACCUUACCAUCAUCGACCCCCUCGUUGGAAACACCGGAGGCGAGGCAGAUACGUCUAGAAACGGAGUCCGCUCUGGAAUGGGGCGGAGUAUGCGCGCGGCUGGCCGACUUCGCGGCCACCGCCGCGGCCGCGCCGCCUGCGUGGAAGGUCGGGUCGCCGUCGGGCGGAGCCGGGAGGAGAGCGAGAGGCUGAUCGAGCAGACGGCGGCGGCCGUGUUUUUGUCGGCGCCGUUGGACUUUGCCGGCGUGGAGGACGUGUCCGCGGUCGUCGCCGCGGCGACCGGUGGGCGGUUGCUUGCCGUUCGAGAGAUUUGUGCAGUCGGGCGCAGCAUCCGGGCCGCGCGCGGAGUGUUCGAUCAAUUGCAGAGCCUCGCCGAGGAAACGCAAGACGGGAGGCACUCUCCUCUUCUGGAUAUACUGCAAGGUUGUGAUUUCUUGACAGAGCUUGCGCAAAGGAUAGAGUUUUGCCUUGAUUCUACUUUUUCUGUGGUCCUGGAUCGGGCCAGCAAGAAGCUAGAAACGAUCCGCAGAGAAAGGAGGAGGAACAUCGAGAUGUUAGAAUCUCUGUUGAAAGAUACGGCUGCAAAGAUUUUCCAAGCUGGUGGAAUUGAUAGUCCUGUGGUCACUAAGCGCCGUUCUAGGAUGUGUGUUGGUGUGAAAGCUUCACACAAGCAUUUGGUGCCAGGUGGAAUUGUUCUGAGUUCCAGUGGCUCUGGUGCAACUUACUUUAUGGAGCCAAGGGAUGCUGUUGAACUCAAUAACAGGGAAGUUAAACUCUCAGGUGAUGAGAGAGCAGAGGAAUUGGUAAUACUAGGCUUGCUAACUUCAACUAUCGCUGACUCCCAACUGAAGAUAAAAAAUUUGAUGGAGAAGGUUUUGGAAUUGGAUCUUGCCUGUGCUAGAGGGUCGUAUGCCUUAUGGACAAAUGGUGUCAAACCAAGCUUCAGUGACAGUUAUAGCAGUUGCCAAUCGGAUCAGAGCAGUGAGUAUUCAGUUUAUAUUGAGGGCAUUCGGCAUCCUUUGCUACUUGAACAGUCUCUUAUGGCAGAAGGUUCAACUGUGGAUGCAUCUGAAAUGCCUGUUCCAUUGGACAUGUGGGUAAAAAAGGAUGCAAGGAUAGUUGUGAUCUCUGGACCCAACACUGGAGGCAAAACUGCCUCUAUGAAGACCUUGGGGCUGUCCUCACUUAUGUCAAAAGCUGGAAUGUUCUUCCCAGCCAAAGGAAGGCCUAGGAUUCCAUGGUUCAAUCAAGUUCUUGCAGAUAUUGGUGAUCACCAGUCGCUGGAGCACAGCCUCUCUACAUUCAGUGGGCACAUAUCACGCCUGCGAAAGAUUGUAGAAGUUGUAUCGGAGGAUUCUCUAGUUCUAAUUGAUGAGAUUGGCAGUGGCACUGAUCCAUCAGAAGGUGUAGCUCUUUCAACCAGCAUUUUGAAGUAUCUUGCGAGUAAAGUGAAUCUGGCCAUUGUGACAACUCACUAUGCUGACCUAAGUCGUCUCCAGUCAGUUGAUAGCCGAUUUGAGAAUGCUGCAAUGGAAUUUUGUGUAAAAACUCUGCAACCAACAUAUCGAAUCUUAUGGGGCAGUACUGGUAAUUCCAAUGCACUUAGUAUUGCAAAGUCAAUCGGUUUUGAUCAAAAAGUGCUUGAUCGUGCACAGGAAUGGGUUGAGAAACUGUUGCCUGAUAAGCAAAAGGAACGCCAAGGUUUACUUUAUGAUUCUCUCCUCGAUGAAAGAAACAUUUUGGAGUCUCAGGCAAAUGAAGCUGCAUCUGUUCUUUCACAAGUUGAGGGGUUGUACAAUGAGAUUCGCUCGGAAGCUGAUGAUCUUGAAAGUCGAUUAGCUGCUCUGAGGACUAGAGAGACCCAAAAGGUUCAACAAGAAUUGAAGGUUGUGAAGUCUCAGAUGGACACAAUAAUCAAGAACUUCGAAGUUCAACUGAAGAAUUCAAAACUUGAACAAUACAAUUCACUAAUGAGGAAAGCGGAAGCUGCCACUGCUUCAGUGGUUGCUGCUCAUCAGCCAGAUGAAAUAACUUUCAGUGAUGAUGAAAACCAGACCUUGUUUGUUCCGCAAAUUGGAGACAAGGUGUAUAUUCAAGGGUUGGGUGGAGGAACUAUGGCCACUGUUAUUGAAACUCUUGGAGAAGAUGGGAGCUGCAUGGUUCAAUAUGGGAAGAUAAAGGUUCAAGUCAAGAGAAGCAAGAUGAAAUUGGUUCAACGAGGUACAAAUGAGGCAGCAACUUCCUCUUCUGUAAAACCAAAGGGCCGAACGCCGAAGCAGCGGUUUGAGGCGAACCAGAGCCAAGAUGGCAGCGUCUCUUUCGGCCCGGUUGUGCAGACGUCCAAGAACACGGUGGAUCUGCGCGGGAAGCGGGUGAGCGAGGUAUCCUACGAGCUUGAGAUGGCGAUCGACGCGUGCAGGCCUUACCAGGUGCUCUUCGUGGUCCAUGGCAUGGGCACCGGAGCUGUGAAGGAAUGCGCCAUGGAUGUCCUCCGGAACCACCCUCGAGUGGUCAAGUUCGAAGACGAGAGCCCUCUCAACUACGGCUGCACCGUCGCCUACAUUCAGUAAGCAGACAUUGCAAGCAGUGUACAGCAGCUUGGGGAUGGUAAUGUAGACAGCCUGUAUGACAGUGUUUCCUUGAAACUGAAGCCAACGGGCUGGUCUGGAUUCUGAACAAGUGCCAGUGUGCUAGACUGCCAGCCAGGACAAAACAUGGCCCAGGAAAACAUGGCCUGCAGUGAUACCAUUGUGGCAGGCAUUCAAGUGUGCCUGGCUGUAGCGAUGAUCACAGGUUCAUUGCUUGUACAAUUUUCUAGUACCAUUCUAGUAGAUCACUUGGAAGGAGAUUUGACGAAUAUUAGUACAACCUUUGACCUUUUUUGAGGCUGCAUGCGCAGGCCAUUUUCUAGUGUUAUAUUUUGAUUGGUUGAAA